AUGGGCCCCCGGCGAACACACACGAAAUCGCGGAACGGGUGUCAAUCGUGCAAGGCGCGCAAAGUCAAGUGCGAUGAAACGAGGCCGCAAUGCCACAAUUGCAUCAAGCAUGCGUCCGAAUGUGUUUUCAAAACAGUGGGCGUAGUGGCCUCUCCAACGCCAACGCCCCCCGCUGCUUCAUCCACGCCGACGCCAUUUGUCAGUGAAGCCACCAGGCUGACCGCCGAUAAUGGUACUCCAGCCAUGGGCAUGGCCGAAAUGGCUUUACUGCACCACUUCUGCACAUCGACAUGUUACACCAUCUCCCGCCAUCCCGUGCUACAGACGCUAUGGCAAAUCACCGUCCCUCAGUUCGGGUUCUCCUACCAAUUUGUAUUCCGCGCAAUUUUGGCACUCUCAGCACUUCACCUGGCCCACAUGAAGCCUGAGCAUCACGCACAGUACGUAGCCGCUGCAGAGUUCCAUCAUAAUAUCGCGCUGCAGAUGGUUUCAGUCACAAUGCCCCAAAUCAACGAAGAGAAUGGCCCGGCUGUGUAUCUGUUCUCGACAAUUACCUGCAUCAUCGAAUGCGCCAUGCCUCGGAAACGCGAUGACUUCUGGGUAAGCAACGAUAAAGUCCUACAGUGGCUACGCAUGUUCCGGGGCACCGUGGCUAUCAUCACCUCUGUGAAUGAGGCUCUACGAAAAGGGCCUCUUGCCCCCAUGUUCACUCUAGGUGACCGAAAGAGUUCCAAUUGGCAUGCCAGAUCUUCCAGUCAAAGACCACUAGUUGAUUUGCAGCGGCUAAUCCGGGAGACUGUCAAAGAUCCCGAGGAGCUGCAGUGCUACGAGGAUACAAUUGAUAGUCUGGGAAAAUCUUUCGCGACCGUUGCGGAAAAUGGCCCUCAGAACUGUGAGACUGCUGAUAUCUUUAUCUGGCUUACGCGCCUUUCAGAUAAUUUUCUUGCCUUUUUGCAGCGGAAAACUCCCGAGUCCUUGGUUAUUUUCGCCUACUUUGGUGUUAUUACAAAGGAGCUCGAGUGGGCUUGGUGGAUGCAGGGGUUCAGUGUUCAUUUGAUUCGCGGCAUCUAUCACAAUUUGGAUGAGGAGCAUCGGUAUUGGCUCCAGUGGCCUAUGCAACAACUGGGCUGGGUUCCUUAA